GCCAGGGGUGUGUUUAACGCGUGUGUCUUUCUAUUGAGACCGAUCGGGCUUUCUAUGCACUCCGAUGGGGAGGCGUAACUUCUAACAGUAAUGAUCAAACUUGUCCUUUACUUUGCGCCUCACACCUGAUUGCAUUUAGCGUUUUCCCUAUUUGCAUCCGCAGACCCUGCUGAGAUUUCAGUGGCAUUUCAGUGGGAUCAGUCCUUACUGGGCUUGGACUGUUUGCGGGUUGACAGGCUUUCAUCGUCCUCCCCAGGAUCUGCGAGACGGGACCAGGAUUAAACCCAGUCUAUCACGCUGUCAGAGAUAUGCCGGCUGGCUUUCAGCAGCUAGGAGGGGAGACUGUGACUAGAACCCUUGCUCUCUCAGUGUUUACUGCGGUUCUGGGAUCUCUUCAGUUCGGCUACAACAUCGGAGUCAUCAAUGCUCCUCAGAAGAUAAUUGAGCAGGACUACAACUCAACAUGGAUCCACCGGUACGAGGCACCCAUUCCCCAUGCCACACUCACCUCCCUCUGGUCCCUCUCGGUGGCCAUCUUCUCCGUGGGGGGCAUGCUCUCCUCCUUCUUCGUGGGCUUCAUCUCUGAAUGGCUUGGCAGGAGGAAAGCUAUGCUCAUCAACAACUUGCUGGCCUUUAUUGGAGGAGCCCUGAUGGGCAUGUCCAAGAUCUGCCAAUCAUUUGAAAUGAUGAUCUUUGGCCGUUUCGUCAUUGGUGCAUAUUGCGGGCUGGCGUCUGGGUUGGUGCCGAUGUACGUGGGGGAGAUCGCGCCCACCAGCCUGCGGGGGGCUCUGGGUACCCUGCACCAGCUUGCGAUUGUUACCGGGAUACUUCUGGCUCAGAUCCUGGGUCUGGAGUCUCUGCUGGGUAACCCAGAGCUGUGGCCAGUUCUUCUCGGGGUGACAGUGCUGCCUACCGUCCUGCAGAUGGCGCUGCUGCCUUUUUGCCCUGAGAGUCCCCGUUACCUGUACAUCAUCCGCUGCCAGGAGCACCACGCCAAGAGUGGCCUGCGGCGCCUGACUGGAAGGCAGGAAGUGGGGGCCAUCCUGGCAGAGAUGAAGGAGGAGAAGAGGCGAAUGGAUAUGGAGAGGAAGGUGUCCAUCGCCGAGCUCUUCCGGUCUCCAGUCUACCGGCAGCCGAUCAUCAUUGCCAUCCUACUGCAGCUCUCCCAACAGCUGUCUGGCAUCAACGCGAUAUUCUACUAUUCCACCAGUAUCUUCCAGAAGGCUGGCGUGCAGAGUCCUGUCUAUGCUACGAUUGGAGCCGGGCUCGUCAAUUGUGCCUUCACUGUGGUCUCGCUCUUCUUGGUGGAGAGGAUGGGCCGCCGGACACUUCACAUGCUGGGAUUGGCUGGCAUGUGUGGCUGCGCCAUCGUCAUGACUGUGGCUCUCGCUCUGUUGGACACAGUGGCCUGGAUGAGCUACAUCAGCAUGCUGUCCAUCUUCGGGUUUGUGGCUUUCUUUGAGGUCGGCCCGGGACCCAUACCCUGGUUCUUUGUGGCCGAGCUCUUCUCCCAAGGGCCCCGGCCUGCCGCCAUGGCCAUAGCUGGCUUCUCCAACUGGACUGCCAACUUCAUCAUCGGCAUGGGUUUCCAGUACAUAGCUAACCUCUCUGGCCCCUAUGUGUUCCUGAUCUUCGCGGUUCUCCUCCUCUUCUUUCUACUGUUCACCUUCUUCAAAGUGCCAGAGACUCGAGGCAAAACCUUCGAUCAGAUCUCCGCCGGCUUCCAGCGCCACCCCACGAACUUGAUGGGCCUGGACAUGGACGUGGACAUGGACGUGGAUCUGGCCAAGGCCAGCACCGAGCUGGAGUACCUGGGCCAGGACACCCUCAACUGAUGGUGCGGGAAGAUGAGGAGGGGAUGUUGUAGGAAGAGAGAGAGGGAUUAAGAAGGGGAGUCUGGACCAUGCAGCCUGAGAAGAUGUUGGGUGAUGGAUGGGGAGGUGACAGUGGCAUUAUGUGCAAUAAGAUAACAGGGCUUUUAGAUGUUAUGGUAACAUGCACGUCUGUGAAAUUCCUGCACUUUAUACUCUAGGUAGCAGAGACAGUCUCCCUGUGUUAUUUCCACAAAGAAAACACAGGCGUGAUCAACUCUGCAGCUUCAUCCGAAUUCGCUAUUUAAAUUAUUGAAAGCCAAGAGUCUGGAUGUGUCUUCAGUCACCAGGGUCAAACCGCAGCAGACUAAAUGCCCCCCCCCCGUGUCCGAUUGGCUUGAGCUACCCAGUGGGAAAAUCACAUCAGAUAUUACCUUCAUGCCUACACUGCUGGAAUACGGUUCAUUUCUAAAACACACACAACAAAAAGCUUCAUACUUACCGUAGAUACGUGUGUGUGUGUGUGUGUGUGUGCGUGUGCAAAAGCACAAUGAUCUAUAAUGUUUCCUACAACCCAGUAAUUUUUACAAUGAGUGAUUCCUUUUUGAGCAGAUGUCCACACUAAGCAUGAUUGUAACCAUUCAGGUAUUGCCAACAGAAAUGGACGGUGUGGGUUUGCAAUACUACCCAUUUAGUCGAAACCUGUUAAGCAUGCCUGGUGACAGUCGCUGAGGAAUCUGUAUGUUUCUGCAGCGAUAUUGCUAAAUGAAUGGAAGGUUUGUACUGUAAUUUAUAUAAAGUGUGUUAAGAUA